AUGUCAGACGAGAUUUUGGACCGACUCGUUAAGGCGAUAGAGAAGUUGUCAUCAAAUGGAGACCAACUCCCGAAGCCGGAAAAACUGACAACUUACGAUGAUUACGAUCUCUGGGAGGACCGUAUGAAGCUGUACCUCGAGUUCGUCAGUGAAGGGAGCCGGUCACUGCCCAUCCUUGGCCAACUGGACAGUGAGGUCUACGCCGUUGCCAGAGCGGCCAACACCACUUCUGCGCUGACUACCGCGACAAUCUUCGAGCGUCCUCGGCGGGAGUUCGGUCGCUCUUCUACGCCAAGGGUCGAUCGCGCAACCCUCAGGGAAGGCCGCCAGCAUGCCAGAGAGUCAGUUGUCGACUUCCAGAGACACUUGCGUGUCCUGGUCAAGUAGGCACACCCAGAGGAUACUUGCGUCGCCCUAGAAGACCGGAUCCUCGAAAACUUCGUCGAUGGCAUUGAUAACUCAGACAUUCGACGCCAGUUCAUGCAAGACCAACCCAAAACCCUCAAAGCGGCACUUGACAUCGCCCGCGAUGAAGAAGUGAUCCACGGCGCGCUACCUGCAUAACCCGGACCAUCUCUCUCGGUGCCUCCUGGCACUUUGGAGUCCCAACUACUACAGCGCAAGGUCAGAUGGUCAACGUCUUCGCCAUGGGACCACGAUUGACCUGCGACAUUGGGACUCGAACCGCGAGAUGGCAGUAGGGCCCCCAACAACCUUCCUUCCCUCGACAUGACCACCAGCGAUCUACUAGAGGAAUCAACGCGGUCGUCGGACUCGCUCCCAGUACAUGCCCGGUGUUCAUACGAUUACCGCAGGUGAGGAAGAAGAAAGCGGUAAGUCAGUAGUUUUAUCUGGCUUACUGAUUGCACAUAUAGGUGCUAUGCCUUAUUGUCCUGCUAUAAAUGCAUCUAUAAGUAAUACUAGGUUUCCAUGCCUAGUUGAUUUUGAGCAUCUCGCUGGGUGUGCACAUACGCCCUAGCGACAGCCUGCUUUGGCACGCACGUCUGCCUGGCUUCGAUUUGUCUCGCUGCAACUCCUUCUGCACCACGCAUCCGGUCGAUUCUCUGCCUUGACCAUGCGAGGCUUGUCAAUACCCUCGCGUGGGUUUCGAGCCAAUCAACAUAACUUCUCUCGCUGAUUGGUUACAUGGCGGACAGUCUAGACCACUGGCGUAAACAAUCUGCUACGACACUUUUGCGGCGGUGAACUUCGGCGACGCACGGCUUCACGAUCUCGCGGACGCCGCCUUCGCGGCGCUGCGCACACCCUCGUCCGGUUGCCAACUUUCCCUUUCACUAUCCUGUACAGAAUAGAGUCCUAAUCAAAUGGCGUCCAGCUUCUAACAACUUCGGAUAUGGCCUGAAGUUGUGGCGAACUAAGCGUACACCAUCACCGCUUAGCCGCUACACUACAAUGAACUCAGCUCAGAGAGUUGAGAAGAGAUCAUUGUUUAUUUUUUUUAAUUGUCCUGUUUACUUUCGAUUGCUGUAUGUCAAUGCAUUAAAACUGGCGUCCCACUUAUUAAAACUUGGGAUAUGGCCUGAAAUUGUGGCGCAGUGAGCAUACACUAUCACCGCUUAGCUGCUACGAUGCUAUGGAAACGCCUCCAAAUGCUAAAAAUAAGGCGUGCUCAAGUCGGUACGCCCUCAAGAGUGGAUAUCAUAAGAAGAGCAAUUGAAAUGUCGAACGUGUUAACGUAUUGUCAGGAAAAAGGACGGUAACAAAUGGGAGAUGGUACCCAAAAAUCCUCUUAACCAAAGCAGCCUUUCUUACGGGACAGGUGGUAGUAGGAGUUUUACGGGUGGAGCCUUCGAAAACCUGGAUAAAUGUUAACGAUAAAGAAUUUGUUGGGAGUGCCUACACUCCCAAAAACAAGAGCAAACCAAUCACUGGAGAUCACGUGCGCUUGCUCUCUCUCUCUGUAACGACCGAUUGUUUUAAACGGACCUUUUUUUACUUCCCGCCCUCCCUUUUUCAGAGUUUGGGUCACGUGGAUUGGAGCCGACGUCUGUCGACGCGCCCUCCGCUAAGUCCCCUUUUCCUUAUCGUUUCCGUAUUCCUGGACUACCGAUUCGUUUUCCGUCUCGUUUAUUUCACAACUAACCAAUCUUUUUCCGUAUUUCGCGUUUUGUCGAUUCAUAGGAUUAAGUUGUAUUCUCAUAGUUGUUUAGUAGUCUGUACCCACUAUUUUUAACUUUAUUAUAGAUCGCGCUAAACUUAUUUUUUUUAUCGUGCCGCCAACGUUUUGCCAAUAAACUUUUAUAUCCAGUUCAUCUGUCGCUACUAUGUCCACUCCACCUCUUUCAUUUGCUAGUGUGUAUGAUGGAGUAACUCAACUUUUAGAGGAGUUUUCCUUGGCUACCCAUACGAAAGACCACAAGCCAUCACAUUCAACCUCAGGCCUUCCCGAGUUUCCCGGAGCCCCUCCUUACUCGGUCGCUACAUCUCUACAGCGCUGUCAUCUCAAUCAGGCGCCUUCCCAUUGGCUACUCCCCCCUCUUCCCGAAGGUCAUUGGCCGAAUGCCGGCGAACCACAAUAGCGUGUUAUAAAUAUGCGUCACCUUUAGCUAGUCGGACUUGCAGUGUUUUGCCAAUACACUUUCCGUGGCCAGCCGUGUGAUCUUUGUCUGCUGCUUUGGCAUCCGGAUCCAGGGUCGAGUGCGUAUACGCUCCACGGGAUUUCACGUAUCAGGCGGGUCAUAACAGAAUUUUUUCUGAAAUUACAUUUUAAAUGAUAACGUUUUACUUUAUCACUAUAUGGCAACAAACGUAGGCGCGGUAAAUGAAAAGUCAACAAAUAGCAGUGCUGUAGACAUAAACCAUUUUAAGCAACCCGCGAAGCAAUUGAGCACCUGUGAUUAGACGUCCAAGGCACCCUCAGCGAAUGGUAAUGUGGUAGACUUGGUGUGUUGGCUGUCGAAAGUGAUAGUGAACGUGUGUGCCAUGACUUUGAACGCUAUGCUGCCUAAUACCUGUGAAGCACUUAUCGAGAGAAGGGAAAUACCACAGUAAGUGAAUAACUAAAUAAAAGGCUAAUGCCAAUAUUUUUGGAUAAGUACCCAACUGUUGAAUAGUAUCUCCUAAAUUUAAUGCAUACUCAGUAUGCCAGCGGAGAAAAGUGUUGCCUAUGCAGAUGAUGUGCAAGUGCCGGCAGUGGAUGAAACUGGGAGGACGCAGUCGGUAUUCGGACGGUGUUGCUUUUCGAUGUCCUCGAGGCCGGAAGAGGAAAUCCGUAAGAGUGGGAAGUAUAUUUGAAAAUAGUCGGUUAACGUUAACGACUAUCCUGAAGAUUGUCCUCUGGUUUUUGAAAGGAAUUCGGGUUGGCGAAUGUGCCAAAGACAUUGAUGUAAACAACUGGACAGCUGUUCAGUGGUAUGCCCAGUGUCCGAAUGUUUGCUCAGCAGCGCUCUUCAAGAAAACGAAGAAAAUAGGAGGACCUGGUGUGGAAGUGCAAGUCGACGGAAGUAUAAUGUUGGCAAGAGGAAAGGGCAAUGGUGGUGGUUGUUGGGGAUGUACGACAUGAGCAAGCGCAAAGCAAUAUUUGAGCAGGUCAACGAUCGAAGUUGGCCUGCUCUGCGUUCCGUGAUAACGAAAUGGGUAGCCAAAGGAAGUACAGUGGUGACGGACGAGUGGAAGGCCUACAGUCGUCUUCCCUCAGAAGGAUAUAUUCAUGCUUCCAUCAAUCACUCCAAGCACUUCAAGGAUCCUACCACUGGACGUCAUACUAACGCCAUUGAGGCGUAUUGGAGUCGGUUGAAGCGGAAGUUACACGAAGGAGGCCCCGUCUGCGGUCGAGCUGUUUGGGCCCACAUAGACGAAGUGCAAUACCGUCUAUGGUUUGGCAUUAACGCCAUGUGUCUGAAAGAUGCCUGGGAACUCUUUUUGUCGCAUAUAGCUGAAGCCUUUCCUUUCCUUUUUCCUUUUAGAUAAACUUUGAUACUGAUACCGAUCCUAUGCCUGUCCAACCGACUUGGGGUACGGGUACGAGCGCGAAGGGGAUGAGGACGUAUGGGCUAAGUAGGUGGACCACCUACCUGGCUGAAACAUGUCAAAGCCUAGGAUAAGUCUUUCGCCUUUUACAAAAGAUUUCCGUGUGGAGGGUGCAAUACAAUAAGUUUAUAUGGACAUAUUUGCAGCGCCGCGUUCUCGGGGCGGUGAAAGCGAAGAAGAAAGUCAUGCUGACAGGGCUUCUGCACGUGCACUCCCAGACAUGAUGAGAACGUAGGGCCAGCCUAAGGUAGGCGGUCGUGGAAAGUCCAAGUAGUGCGUGCAAGUAGGCCGGCAACAAUUGAGGUCACUGUUGAAAGCGGGGAAUAUGACCAGACUCCGUUGAAUGCUGAUCGCAGUUUUCAUUGAAGCCUGCGAAGUUCAGGAACGCGUGCCAUCAAGUUUUCUAGACCGAUGCCUCAAAUGUGGAUGCUUAUGACAUUGUUAUCAAGUGUGGUCGGUCUAUGGCGAUUGUUCCACUACAAUCGUAAGGGAUGCACAGUGAGCCUUUUGCGACUAAGCCGUCGUAUGUUAUGGCUGAAUAAGCCGAAUAAGGUCUGAUGGCGACAAUCGUCGACCGUAAUAGCCUCUUGCAUGGAUGUUAAGCAAUCGUUUGGUCUGCAAUGUUCGAUCUCUGACUGCGCCAAAGGAAUGCUAGUGUGUACGAAGGCACAUAUCGACUGCCGCGGUCGCACUUCAGCAAUGGAAGCAUAUCGCAUGCUCUACACUUGAUCCACUGCGAUCUUAUCCCAACUGUCCUACAGUAAACUGCCAUUCGUUGCAAAAGGAAGGUAGGGUCUAAGACGAUGGUUUCGCAACUCUCUAUAGCUAUCGUGUAGGCCUUGGUUUUGUGGUUUGGCGAUUCAUGCGAUUGAACGCUUGACUGCACCCGUACUGUCAAUGCCAACGCCCCGACUGUGUGCACGCUUAGCGGCUUUCUAAGUGUAGGUUCUGAUAAUCUAAGUCAGUCAGCAUGUAUCCUGUCACCCAUACUGUUCAACUACGCUAUUGACUGGAUCCUCGGGAGGGCCCUACGCGACAGUGGCGGUGUUGAAUUUGCACCCGGACAUCGACUGACUGAUCUCGACUAUGCCGAUGAUAUCGUCUUACUUGCUUCAAAUUUAGUGAUCUGCAGUCUAUGGUGUCACGAGUGAACGAGGUCGCUAAAUCAGUCGGUUUGUCCAUAAACGCUGGGAAGACCAAAGUAUUCUCAAGCUGCAUCCCUGACCAGGAGAAGGCACCCCUGGGGAUUGAUGGCUGUCAACUCGAAGAAGUGGACAGUUUUAAAUACCUCGGGGCGCGGCUGCUGCCUAAUGGACAGAGUAAGGACGACAUUGUCUCCCGAAUCUAUGCUGCCCGCUGGGUUUUUUCAAGCCUUCGGAAAUGCCUGUGGAACCGACGUGACCUCCCCAUCGCCACUAAGAUUCGCGUGUACCGUGCAUCUGUCCGGUCAGUCCUUCUCUACGGUUGUGAAUGCUGGGCUUUGCGCGUGGAGGACGAGCAAAAACUGGAGGUAUUUGACCACCACUGCCUGAGGAUCAUCCUUCGAGUGAAGUUAACCGACUUCGUCUCAAAUGAGAUAGUCCGCGCUCGCUGCGACAACAUCGCGAGGAUAACUCAGGCCAUCCAAGAAAGACGACAGAGGUGGUUCGGGCAUGUUCUUCGUCGUCCACCUCAGGAGCUCAGUGUUAUUGCCCUCGAUCCGGCACCGUUGCCCCAUUGGAGGCGUCGAAGAGGGGGUCAGUUCAAAACCUGGCUCGACACUGUCCGUCAAGACAUGGAGGUGGUUCUUGGACCUUCGGUAUUCGGUCUCCGUCGUUGGCGAAGGGAAUGGGUUGAGCUGUCUAGAUCUGCUGCCGCGGAUCGUCACGCGUGGAGAGGUACAAUUCGGGACAUCAUCGAGGCCGGCUAG